AUGGAUCGCGCUAACGUGGUGUACGUUAAGGGCAGCGAUCAGCGGCUGCGUCUCGGACGCGUCGGGGAUGUCGCGGACGGUGGCCUCGUCGUGGACCUGCUCUGUCCCAAUCGUCGGUGUGAAUUUGCGCCCUUCGGGAGAAUCGUCCUUUCGGGACACGUGACCCGCCAGGAUGUGACUAAACUGUUCGAGGACCCACAGCAGGAAACCAUCCCGAUGGAGAUCCUGGUACCGGAGACGCCGCUGGGUCCCUGGAUGUGGCUGGAGGGUGAAGUGCUCGGUGGGGCACCGGUUGCCGUGCAGAAGGCCGGAGGGGCGGUGGUCCAGUGGAUCCAUCCGGACAGCGGAGAACUCUGCACCGACAUGGUACCCUUCAGUCGGCUGCAAGUCUGGUGGGGCGCCUCCGAACAGCACUUAAUGCGCCCUCCCGUCCGUCCCGGCACCUUUAUAAAGGACAGUCUGCAGUUGGACAUGACGGUUCCCGCGUUGUCCACGAAAGACCGCGAGGAGCUUGUCAAGAGAUUGAAUGCCAAGGACCCGGGAAAGUACUCGCCGGUUUUCGCGGUGGACCUCUUGGACGGCCGCUUGCAGUACAUUUACCAGCGCGGUUACGGAGAGAGAAAUUCUCUGCCGGAUGGAUAUACUGUGUUGAGUGUUAAGGAAAGCCUGGAGCGCCUCCAGGCGAUCCUGCUCAGCGUGACCAAGGACCCUCGCUGCGAGACCUCGGCCACGGAUGACGCCAUGACGUUCCCGGCGGAAGUAUGGCAGGAGGUCUUGGCCGACUUGGACACCGUCACCCAGACGAAGCUGCGCGCCGUGUGCACCACGUGGAACCGGAUUAUGGAGACGCCGGCCCUUCGUUCCACCAUCAUCAUCCGCGGCGAUGUGGGCCCCUUCCUCUGCAUGUCAACGGUGUUCCACGGUCUCCGCCCGGACACUCAGCGCGUCAUCCUCACCCACCGCGGAGAGGGGCAGUGGAAGUUGGCCGGCGGCGUGGAGCACGUGCUGGAAAUGCUCGCCUAUGUGUCUAAGCAGCGGACCGGCAUCCGGCUGCGCAGUAUGUACCUGCACCGUAUCACCCUGGACUGUGUGUACGGGUUUCGUUACGACGCUCCGGGCAAUAAAUGUGAGCAGGUGCGCUCGUUGAAGCGGAGUCUGGCCGGAUGGCGCCGUCUGCCGUGCGAGACCAUCCACAUCGCCCACGGUAUCCUGGUCUGCACCUUCAGUACGUCGCGGUUCACGGGGCCGCCGACCGUAACGCAGCUGGAGAUGGGGAUCCGCUGCGUGCGAUUCCCGCGUAAUAAGGAUAUCGUCGGCGGAUUUUUGGAAGCGGUGGAAGCGGGGCUGCCGGAGCCGGAUGAGGAGCAGCUGCUACGGUUGCGACAGUGGUUGAAUGGCGGCGGGAAAUCCCAGCAGACGGACGUACCAUUUGUCGGGCAGGUGCUGUGCGCGCUGCAGUCGGCGGAUCCGCGUCCCGCGGCGCAUUAUCGCGGGAAGAAGUGGUGCCGUGACGGUCUGCAGGAUUUGCGGCUGGAGAAGUUGUCGCGCAUCACCCGGCACUUCCUCGUUCAACUGUGCGUGUGGACGGCGCGCCAGGGAUCCUGAAGCGGUCCGUCACUGACUGCGCUGGGAUGUCGGUCCACCGGACACUACGUGUACUGCCAGCUCUUUGUGGCGCAAUGGUCAGCGCAUUGCAGUGGUUU